UAUGACAUUUAGACAUUUAGUGCUUACGAUUGAGUUUUAUCACUAGCGAUUGAUAUAUUUGGCAUAGAUGGCUUCCCAUACUAAGCAAGCUAAAACAAAAUUAUCGUCAAGGUCAACAUUUGGUCUUGUUGGUGGUGAUGUUAUUGAUUCUUAUGAGGAAGAUGAUUCUCUAGAUUUCAAUCAUAGUAGUACUGAUUUCAGUCAUUUGCCUGCUGAGAUUAUGGAGAAUAUUUUCUGUCAGUUACCUAUCGUGGAUUUGAUGUUGAAUUGUGCCUUGGUGUGCCACCAGUGGUAUAACGUAAUAUCACAGGAUUCUUUUAUUCCUUGGAAGAAGAAAUAUUUUCUUCUAAAGAAUAAGGACAAUUCAUCAGGAGAUGUCAUGAUUGAACUACUGGAGAGAAAAGGACUUUUAGAGGUGGAUAUGUUUCCAUUGAAUCUAGCAAGUUUUAUGAAAGAUUUUAAAAGAAAAGCAAGUUCAUCUUCAAUUGAAAAGUUAAAGACACAUCCCAAGUUCCCUUUGAUAGAGACAUUCUUGGAAACUCUUACCAGCAGCUCAAGAGAGGUUCCUAGUCCUUGGUCUGUUGUAGCACUUCUGACACUGGUAUGCCAAACAGUUUAUGAAGUACAAGAAAUAGUCCAUUGUUUGACAAGGUCCACAUCCUGUCUGGUACAUGACAUUCUGGAAUGUCUUUACUGUCUGGCAUCAAUCUUUUACUUCCUGGAGUCACAAAACAGAAUUGGAAGUGGUCUUCACUACAGGGUGUUCUAUACACUGUAUUUGUAUGAGAAUGCAUUCCGAGCCACAUGUGCAUCUCUUGGUUCUGUGUCUGGUCAGAAUUCUACUGAACAGCAGUCAAUGAUGCAGGACAGGUCAAUCUCUGACAAGUUGCAACUUACCCAAGAACAAGUUCGCAUUAUCAAACAUGAUGUCAAAGUGGGAGAGAUCACAAAAAUUGUAGCAUUUGCAGGAACUGGUAAGACUACAACUCUUGUUAAGUACACCAAGAUGAGGCCUAAGGAACGAUUCCUUAAUGUGGCGUACAACAAGUCAAUUCAGGAACAUGCUGCUAACAUGUUCCCCAGCAAUGUUGAGAACCGUACAAUCCACUCGCUCGCCUACAGAGAAGUGGGAGUUAGAUACAAACACAAGCUUACUGGUGGCUUACGGAUCGGUACUAUCAUGGAUGCCCUUCCCUUGAAUUGCGGAUAUCUUCAUGCCCGACGCGUUGAAGAAACUCUUAAUAACUUCAUAGCAUCUGCGGACACCACUGUGAACCCUAAGCAUGUACCAGCAACCAAAAGAGCCUCAGUGGAUGUUUCUUCCUCAGAAGGAAGCGAGGUUCUGACAUCUAUCUUUGGUGAAUAUGGCUCAGAUACAAGUUAUUUGAACAGCGACCAGCACAUUCAGAAAGUUGUCUCACAUGCGCAUGGCUUAUGGGAGAGAAUGAAAGAUCGAGGAGAUAGAGAAUUUCCAAUCACUCAUGAUGGUUAUCUUAAGAUUUAUCAACUCAACAGGCCAGUUCUUGAUGGAUAUGAUUGUCUCUUGGUCGAUGAAGCUCAGGACUGUACUCCUGCUGCGUCCGACAUUCUUCUCAGUCAGUCUUGUGCCAAGAUUUUAGUGGGAGACCCUCAUCAGCAGAUCUAUGCUUUUCGCGGAGCAAGAAACGCUCUUCAGGAGGUGAAAGGCGCCCACACGUUUUACCUCACUCAGUCAUUCAGAUUUGGUCCGGAGAUAGCUUAUGUUGCGUCUUGUGUUUUGGACGUGUUGAAAGGUGUGCGAAACAAGACUUUGGUUGGAGGAGCUAAGAAAGGCUCAGUGCUUGGUGAACAAUCUGGUCAGCUGUGCGUGAUUACACGCUGUAAUUUUACUCUGUUCAACGAGGCUGCUAAUGUGUGCUGUGCGAACAACGACAAAAAAGUUGGUUUUGUUGGGGGUCUUAAAAGCCUGGCGCUUGAUCGAGUGUUGGACAUCCACAAACUGUUUACUGCUGGUACAAACAAACCUCACUUAAAAAUCAAGGACGCUUUUAUCAAGAAAUUCCGUUCAUUUUCUGAAUUGAAGAAGUAUGCGAAAUGCGCUCCUGACCCGAAACUGCUGAGCAAGAUUAAGAUCGUUGAGGCACAUCAUGUUAUGCUGCCGCAAAAAAUAGAUAAGAUAACUUCCAAAGCCGUCACAAAGUUACGGCAGGCGGAUAUUGUUUUCUCCACAGCACACAAAGCCAAAGGGCUUGAAUUCGACACAGUUCGUGUCACAGAUGAUUUUCUACCUGGAACAGAGAUGGGUGUUCCAUUAUAUGAAUAUGGUGAAGAUGAAAGAAACUUGGUGUAUGUCGCGGUGAGUCGAGCAAAGAAGUGCCUCCAACUCAAUAGUACAAUUCUCAACAUUCUUGGGUACAGAAAGGAACAUUUCGUGAAGGUGGUAUCACCGAAGGAGUUGUCUCAGCCGGCCUUCUGUUUAGACUGUGAGGAAGAUGUCGAGUUUUGUCCGCGGCCUCACGUUGUGAUUCAGAAAGAAAGUGUUGUACUGGGUGGAAACGUGAGAAAGGCUGGAGGCGUUCUUUGUCCUACGUGUGCUGCUGAUAAAAUACCACAUUUAGGAUGUCUGGUUUCUGUAAACGAAGAAAGUUGAGUUCUUUAUUUUCAAGGGCAGAAAGUUUAUUGAAAUGAUGUAUAAAAGAGCAUAUAGAAUUAGAUGUAUCAAAAUUUGUACUUAUUUUAAGAUAGUUAUAAUGAUAUUAAUGCAUAUGAUAAUAACGGUAAUAAUUAGCAGUUAGAGGAUUAGUUUGAGCAUGAUAUCAAGAAUUACCAAAACCGACGCUAAGGCUAAUAAGACAGAUACGACGUUUGAUAACUCAUGAUAUCAUGUGAAAACCAAGUUCUAGAAUUGUUUCAUUAAACAUUUUGUAAACAAUCUGCAAAAGAAGACACUAUUCUUGAGUUUGCAAAAGUUUAGGAACACAGCAAGGACGAAGGACUUGUAAAACAAGGCAGACUUUGAACUCGACAUGAUAAAUGCCUUAUCCGCUGCAGAUAUUGUAUUUAUCAUCAUUGUCAUCUUCACACGCUAUAGUGUCUUUAUGGUAUACUCUCGAUCAAUCAGAUUUUUCUUAAUAAGUCUAAUAUAUGAUGAUAGCUUUAUUGUUCUUAUUGGCCUUUUUAAUCGUUUCUUUGUUAAAAAGGCUGGUAGCCGCAAAAUUUACAUUCGUUCAAUACAGUAGAAUUGACUUAUCAGCAUACAUUCUCGAACAAGCUUCACGUUGCCUUUCCUUACUGUAGAGCACACGUUAUUGUUAAGGAAAGAAUAGAAGAAAAGUGAAUCUCUGUGAUACGACAGAUAAAUUAGACAAUGCUGAAUCAAUAAUUUUCUCAAAGUGCAUCUGUAGUGUAUUGCGUUACCUAAGCGUUACUAUAGUCACGCUAUAUCCUGUAAGACACGAUCGGUACAUGAUUGUAAAAGUACAUUCCUAUGUAAAAGUAGUAUUACUGAUUCCUAGUAUUGUAUUGUGAAUAUAGCUUGUUGAUUCUUUAAUAAAAUUCAGUUGAGCAAUA